UGGCAGAAUAACUCCAGUGAAGAGCGAUUUCUCUCUCUCAAAGUGAGGACUCCAUAGUGUGUUUACCUGCAUUUCUUUAUUUUGGAGUCAGGUCACAGUGGUACACAUGCACGAGUUUCACUUAUCACUCAGGGAAAGUAAACGCCUCCUCAACACGAGAGAGGAGUGUUUGUGGAUGGUCCUCCUCCUCUAAAAGAUGAGUGGAUCAUAGUGGAGGGCUGCUCCAUCUCUGGCAGUCCAUCAGCUACAUCAGCUCCUUCUGUCACGAACACUGAGUGACCAACAACCUCUCCCUGCUCCUCUAUCCAAACGAUGGCAUCUCAUCCAACUGUGGGCUGACAGACCGGCUCCAAAUCUGGAUCUAAAUUCUUUGUUGUUCAGUGGAAACUUUGUUUGUGUCAACCUGUGCUGAGGUUUUGUGUCAUCUCGUUGGUCUCAUUGGUGGAUAGUCGAGGAGUUCAGUGUGUAAAAAGAAGUCCUAGUGAUGGUAGAGAUUUGAACCCACAGUGAAUCAGGAUGGAGCCUGUUAAGAGAGACAUGGAGCUGCUCAGUAACAGCAUGGCAACCUACGCUCACAUCAAAGCCAAUCCAGAGAGCUUUGCCCUCUACUUCAUGAUGGGCGUCUGUUUUGGCCUGCUCAUGGCGUUGUGCCUCAUGGUGGCGGGCAUCACCUGCAGGACUCACCGCCGCAGCAGGCCUCCCCCUUCCCCUGAGAGGAGACAACUGAAGGACUCCAGCGAGGAAGAGGAGGAUGAGAGGGAUGAGAGUAUCCCGGAGGAGGACGUGGAGGAGGCGGAGAUCCCUAAAGUAACAAUGGAACCCAUGAGUGAGCACAGUAGCCAGUCCAAUGGUACUCUGAGGAGCGUGAAUGUGUUUGCGUCAGCUGAGGAGCUGGAGAAGGCCCGCCGUCUGGAGGAGAGGGAAAGAAUUGUCAGGGAGAUCUGGAGGAACGGACAGCCAGACAUCCUGGUCACGGGGACGGGGACUAUUGGACGAGUGCAUUACCACUAAAGACAUUUUGACUGUGCCCUAAAAAUCUGCCUCAUGACUGCAGAGGGCAGAACAUACACAGUACAUUGACCUGGACUUGUAUGGCAACCCAAAGUGUUCAAUGUUAUAUGAAGGGACUGAAACUAAAUAAUUGAGGUGGGGGUGGGGUUAUUAAUGUUUUUAUACACAUAAUGUUACAAAAACAUAAAGGAACACAAGAUGAACCAAACUUCAUGACAAUUCAUCAAAUAGUAGCAGUGCCAUUCCAAGAGUCAUGACAUGGCAAAAAAAAAACAUUAUCUUUACAACAUGUUAAGAAAUAUUCUGACAGUGUUAAAUUAGCUUGUUUCAUUAAAACAUACAUUUCAGGUGAGCCUGUUUCUCACCACCCAUUCAAUAACAUUCAUACAGCCCUUUAUGAUAUACAUUAUUGCAUAAAUAAAUACCAAAAACAUCAACACAUUUUGAAAACUCGGCUCAAUAUUGAAAUGUAAUAUAAAAAGAUUUAAUCAAAUAUGUUGCAAGUAGUUUCAAGUAUCAUCAAACUGAGCCAUUUCAAAAAUGUGUUGAAUUAUUAUAUUUUGUCUAUAUAUUAUAUUUUGUCUAUUUUAUUCAUGUGAUUAUUGAAUUUAUAACGUUUGUAUUAGGUUGCUUGUUGACAGAUUUUGUAUACAGUAUUGAGCUUUAUUAGUAUUUUAUCCUGUCACUGCAAUGUGAAUAAUUCAAAGUUGAAACACUCUGUGAUCAUUGGAAACAGCUUCUGUCACUUCAUUUGCUUGUUAGGAGAACACAGAGCUAGAUUAGCUUAGCACAAACACUGGAAAUAGGUUGAAACUGCUAGCCUAGCUCUGUCCGAUGGGAACAACAUCUGUCCACCAUCACCUUUAAGUUUAAAAUGGAGGACAUGCCAUGUUACCCUGAUGUUGCCAGGCAACCAGGAGAGACUCCAGUGUCUCAUAUAGUUUUAAUUGAACCUGUUUUGGUUUUGGAUGGUCUGACAAAUAUAUGAUGAUCGUAAAGGAAAGCAGCAUAUCCUCACAUUUUACAUCAACAUACACACAUCAACCAUUAUUUGAUAAAUGACUCAAAUGAUUAACCAAUUAUCAAAAUGUUUGUGGAUUUAUUUUCUAAACUCAAAAUCAUUUCAUUAUUUGAGCACAUUAUCUGAGAAUGACUUAAAGUAUCCGUAUGUACAGACUAUUAUCGGACAUAAUUAUAUCACAUGAAAAAUGAGUCAUCGGUCAUCAGGUUUCAUGGUAGGUUCAUCGUCUUCUCCCAGAUUGAAGUUGAUAUGUGUCUCUGGCCCCAUCACUUCCUGCAGCACCUGCCCUCCUGGUCUGAGCUCUCUGAUGAAGACAGGCCUGUUUGGGGCUGUGAAAGAGCCAUUUACCUCAGCUCUACUGUAGAGUUUACCAAUGCAGAGCUUCACCAAGUGGAUCCCAGUGAUGUCCCACGAGACAGUCCAUUUUCUGUUGGCUCAAUUUACCUCCUCCGUCCAUGAAAGGGCUGAUUAUGUCAUAACUGGAGCGCCUUUGUCCGGUGUCAUGGAAGUGGCACUGACUGAAUUGGAGAUUGUUGUAGCAUUUCAGGAAAACAACUCAUGACCUGAUGCUGUGUGCUCAUUCUGUAACCUUAUAACAGCUCAAAAAACAGAUUCAUCCGCGUUUCGGCACCUUAAUUUUAUGGAUUUUACGAGAUUUGCUUAAAAACAUGUUUCAGACAGUUUCUCCACAGCAGACCGGCCUGUUCUGCAGGUGUUUGGCCAUAAACCAAAGUACUGGACAAAACCAAUUCAACCUGAUUAUGGUGCUGGAUGAAAAGCUAUCACAAUUCAUCAUGAAUGUUUCAACUUCAUUUAAUGGCUCUCUUUAAUUUAAUAGUUAUAUUUCAGUCUGGAUUAAAGGGGUGGACCUCCCUGGAGCCAUGCAUGGCUCCAAAUGGUUCAAUUUAUGAAUUCAUGUUUUUCUGCUUGAAAAAAUGGCUUCAGAGGAAGUUAACCCAGAAACUGUAUUAAUAAUGGACUAAGUAAUAUUUCAAUCAAAAAUGACUUCCAGCUUCUCAAAUGUUCUAUUGAGAGAAAAGUCAUCAGGAAUUUGAUCUUUUGAGUUUUGGAUGAUAAUCAGAUAAAUUCUCUCUUCCAAUCAUUUUAUAGAGAAAACAAUCAUGAAAUUAUAAUUAGGACAGAUUAAUCGGUAAUGAAAAUAAUUGUACGAUGCUUCAUGGUUUAUUUUGGAUUGUGUCACCGCCGAGUCAGUAACCACGCUGAAAGUUACCACUGCAAUACUUUGACACAUGUCGAGUUUUAAUCAAGUCAGAAGGGGAAAAAAAAGAAUUGUUUGAUUUUGAAGCUAUUCAGAUUUUUACUGCAGGACAUGUGAGACCCCAAACAAUGAAGGAAACCACAAACCAUUCAACACAGUGAGUUGUCUAACAUUUCUAUAGUCUGUUUAUCUGUUGAAAAACAAACAAACAAAAACAACAACAACAACAAAAAACACACACACUCAGAGAACUGCCCUGAAUCAAAGAACAAUCUAUUGAAAAUCAAACAGUACAUCAAAGCUCUGAGGAGAGUAAAAAAGUUUGAGCUUCAGAUGAAACUAAAGAAAGGACAGGUGUGUUUAGUACAUGCAGUAUGUACAGUCAAAGUGGGACGAAGCAGCACAGUGACAUUCACUAAACUAGUUCUGCUAGUUUGUGUCAACUCCUAACAAAUGUACACCUUCAUCUUCAGACAUGUUUCGGGGUUUGGCUUCAGGAUGAACCUGCACGUCUUCUCUGCUGCGUCCAUUUAAAAAAAAAAAAAGAGACAUUCACUUUAAACCU